AUGGAUAGUGCGGCUGCUACCGUCGGCGGGAACAUGGUGGAGAGUGGCGAGAAGCCGGAGUCGAGGGACAGUGACGGUGGCGAAGCGGGCGACGCGGACGCGGCCAUGGCUGCGCUCCACCAGUGCGAACUGAUCCAGAACAUGAUAGAUAUCUCCAUCUCGAGUUUACAGGGGCUCAGGACCAAAUGCGCCGCGUCCAACGACCUCACGCAGCAAGAAAUCCGCACAUUGGAGGUGAAGCUGGUGAAAUACAUCUGUAAACAGCUACAGUGCAAACUCAAAGUGCCAGAGACGGAGAGGCCCGACAACUUGGACAGCUAUCCACGCUUGCGAGACUGGCUACGCACCAUCAACUUACGACCGGAACUCAUCCAGGUAGUGGAAGCAAAGUUCUCCCUGGAUGCCUUACUGCAGAUGGCAAGUGCUCAGGUGAGGGACACCAUGAAAAGGCUUGGAUUCACGUCAGAAGAAUGUGCACGACUAAGUGCUGCCCUCUCCUGCUUAAAAAGUGCAACUGAAGCCGGAGGUGAAGUGAAGGACGACGGCACGGCUUGGUUGUCCGAGGCCACCAGGAGGGACAGCGGUUCUCUGCUGACCGCCGAUCAGCUCUCCGGCCUGGGAAAUCCGAUCCGACCGCUCAGUCCUUCGCCUCUCGCCCGCCCUUCCAGCAUCCAUUCCGUGCCCUCCACCCCCUGCGCUACUUUUCCUCAUCCCCGCUCCGGCUCAGUGUCGGCAGUCCCCACGCCCGAGCCGCAGACGCCGCACCUCCGUGCCGAAAGCCCCUUAGCCAACGCGUCCUCGGCUCGCUCGGCCCGGCUCCACGGCCACACUCGCACGCCGCCCGUCACGCCGCCGUCAAAGCGGCGUCACCGACUGAAGCCUCCGUGCACGCCGCCACCUCCGUCACGCAAAGUGCUACAUCUGCUCCCCAACAUCACCCUCACGCGCAGCAAAAGUCACGAAUCGCAGUUGGGCAACCGCAUUGAAGACCCGCUCGCCAACAAAUGUGUCAAAAAGAACAAAAUCCUCUUGAAUAUGCAAAUCAAUGGGAACGGACAUGAGGACAUGCCUUCUCGCUACCCUCCUGUUCCUGUACGGACCCCCGGGGUACCCCCAGCUGCAACCACCGCACCUUACACGCUCCCUGGAACGCCCACCCUAUUGGAAGAACAUAGCAUCAUUAAGAAUAACAAAACAGUUCACCGCAGCUCUCCACAAGCUGUGAGGAGGGACAUUGGCCUCGCAGUCACACACAGGUUCUCCACCAAGUCCUGGCUCUCCCAGACAUGUCAGGUGUGUCAGAAGAACAUGAUGUUUGGGGUUAAGUGCAAACACUGUCGGUUAAAGUGCCACAAUAAAUGCACAAAGGAAGCUCCAUCCUGCAGGAUCUCCUUUCUUCCAAUUGCCAAAAUUCGAAGGACGGAAUCCGUACCAUCCGAUAUAAACAACCCGGUGGACCGUCCUCCAGAAGCUCCGCAGUUCGGGACAUUGCCAAAGGCCAUUACCAAAAAGGAUCAUCCUCCCGUCCUGAACCAGCUGGACUCCAGCAGCAAUCCGUCCUCCACGACCUCCUCCACGCCCUCUUCCCCGGCACCUUUCCAGCAGAGUAACCCUCUGAGCGCCACGCCGCCACCCAACCCCUCGCCCAAAGGCCAUCGGGACAACCGCUUCAACUUCCCAGCUGCCUGCUACUUUCAACAUAGACAGCAGUUUAUCUUCCCCGAUGUUUCCAGUCCUGCUACUUUGCAUCCUGAUAUUCUGAAGGACACAGUCAAUGAGAUCGAGCCGUCGGUAGAGGACAUCCAUGCUGAUCUGGUUGAAGAUGCCGAUGAAGAGGAAGAAGAGGACGACAUCGAAGUGGAAGAUGAAGACCCCGAAGUGGACGAGGACAACGAGGAGGAGGAAGAGGAGAUUUGCGACGAAGGGGAAGACGAGGAGGAAGGCCAAGAGAACCGGGUGAACUCAGGCUCUGACGGCGAGUGCGAAAUCGACAAGGUGGAGGAGCUUCCCUACUCGCGGGGGAACCAGUGGAAGGUUCCCAUCUCCCGAAAGGCCAGCCAGACCAGCGUCUACUUGCAGGAGUGGGACAUCCCUUUUGAGCAACUGGAUCUUGGAGAACUCAUAGGCAAGGGCCGCUGGGGCAAAGUGCAUAAAGGUCGGUGGCACGGCGAAGUGGCCAUCCGACUCCUGGAGAUCGACGGCAACAAUCAGGACCACCUGAAGCUCUUUAAAAAGGAGGUGAUGAACUACAGGCAGACCAGACAUGAGAAUGUGGUGCUCUUCAUGGGGGCUUGCAUGGCCCCGCCCCAUUUAGCAAUCAUAACUAGUUUUUGUAAAGGAAGGACGCUGUAUUCAGUCGUGAGAGAUACCAAAAACACGUUGGAUAUCAACAAGACCAGACAAAUCGCCCAGGAGAUUGUCAAGGGAAUGGGCUAUCUGCACGCUAAAGGAAUCGUCCACAAAGACCUGAAGUCCAAGAACGUUUUUCACGACACCAAUAAGGUUGUGAUCACAGACUUUGGGCUUUUUGGAAUCUCUGGUGUUGUUCAAGAAGGGAGACGGGAGAACCAACUCAAGCUUCCGCACGGCUGGAUUUGUUACCUGGCACCGGAAAUAGUGCGCAAGAUGAGUCCGGGUAACAACGAGGACCGGCUUCCUUUCUCCACUGCGGCGGACGUGUACGCUUUUGGCACUAUUUGGUACGAGCUCCAAGUAAGGGACUGGCCAAUCACCAACCAGCCGGUGGAAGCGACCAUCUGGCAGGUGGGCAGCGGAGAAGGCAUCAAAAAGAUAUUGUCAGAAAUCAGUCUGGGGAAGGAGGUCACGGAGAUCCUCUCGGCCUGCUGGGCUUACGACCCACGGGACCGGCCCCCUUUCACGCAGCUUGCCGAAAUGCUGGAGAAGCUGCCCAAACUCAACCGCAGGCUGUCUCACCCGGGACACUUCUGGAAGUCAGCAGAGUAG